UUUAAAAAUUAUAUUUAUUAUUAGUCUGAAUUAAAAUAUAGUAUGAAUUUCUAUGAAUAGGUCCAUUUUUAAAAAAAUCACACAUGAAUCAAGGUUGUGACUUCUGUUUUAAUAUAUAAGAUAAUAAGUAAACAUAAUUAUCAAAAUUUUAAAUAUGUAUCUGACAUAUACGCACCCCAUUCAUCAUCUUUGAGCUUAUGGUGCAUCUGAUAGCUCAAAUUUAUUCAACUAAAAGCACUGCACAAAUUUGCACCAAAAUUAAAAACAGUUGAUCUGCCAUGGCCAAAACAGACCACCAAGUGUUCAUUAGUUUCAGAGGAGCAGACGUGCGAAAAAACUUCCUAAGCUUCCUUACAGACGGGCUAAAAAGGGCAUGCGUAAAUUACUAUGUCGACACUAAAGAGACGAAAGGUGAAGUUCUUGACAUCCUUCUUCAAAGGAUCCAAGAGUCGCGGCUCGUGCUGAUCAUCUUGUCCGAAAACUACAUGCAGUCGAAUUGGUGCAUCAAAGAGCUGCGCACGACGACUAAGGAUAUAAAAGAGUCAAGAAGGAAGGUCAUCCCGAUCUUCUAUAAUGUCCAAGUCGCAGAUGUGAAGGACAAAUGGAAAGUUGGCGAACAAGCAGAAGGAGUCGAAGGAGAAGAGACAGUGGAAGAGAGGGAGAAAAACGUGAAGGAAGCUUUGAUGAUUCUUACGAGGCAUAUGGGUAUGAGAUCUGAUGAGUACGGUACUGACUGUGAAUUCAUAGAACAUAUCGUCAAGGAAGUAAAGAAAGUGUUGACCAGUAUCGAACAAGAGGAGAAGGUGAAGGCUUCCGUCAAUACUACGGUGAGAUCUGAAGGUGAGAAGCAGGAGGUGUCUUCGCUCACGGGGACAAACUUGCCAGGAGAAGAAGAAGAGCUUGAGACAAAGGAAAAUGUUAAGUUCUUUGGGAUCACGCAACGUCUACAAAAGCUACAAGAGAAGUUAGGUAUGCAUGGAGUGGUUUCCAAGGAAACUCGUAUUAUUGGAGUUCUUGGGAUGGCUGGUAUUGGUAAAACCACAAUCGCACACAAGUUCUUUGAGGAGGGAAAAAACAAGUUUCAUCGAAGAAUGUUUUUCGAUGAUAUUGAUAAAACCUCAAAGGAAGAAGGGCUUACUGAAUUACGGGUUAGACUCCUUAGAAAGCUUUUGAAGAAGAAAGAUAAGACGAUAACCGAAGAGACCACACAUGAAUCCGUGGAGACGGAGCUACUUGAUAGCAAUGUUUUUCUUGUCCUGGAUAACGUAAGCAACAAGAAACAACUAGAGUAUCUUCUCGGAAACAGAAGGUGGAUUAGCCAAGGCAGCAAGGUUGUUAUUGUGACAAGUGAUAAAUCAUUGGUCGAGGAUGUUGUCAGUGAUACUUACGUUGUCCCAGGAUUGAACGAGAAGGAAGGGUUAGAGUGUUUUUGUUAUCAUGCCUUUGGUGACCACAAAGUCCAUGAAGGAAGUUUGAUGAAGCAAUCAAGAGAGUUUGUGGAUUACGCUAGAGGAAACCCAUUAGCUCUCAAGGUACUUGGACCGGAGCUUCGUGGUAGAGACAAGGCUCACUGGGAAUCCAAGCUACUUCAACUCGCACAGAGUCCAAGCAAUGUGUUGAAUGUGAGUUACGAUGGUCUUAGCCAGCAACAAAAGGAAGCAUUUCUUGAUGUCACUUGUUUCUUCAGAUCAGAAAAUCACAAGUUUGUGACAGCUUUGGUCGAUUCUGAGCCUGACAAGGGUAGUAGCGAGAUCAGAGAUCUUGCGGACAAGUUCCUGAUAGAUAUCACUGGUGGCCGAGUAGAGAUGCAUAAUUUACUUUACACACUGGGGAAGAAACUAGCUUCCAAACAACAAAAGAGGCUAUGUAACCAUCAUGAAAUUAUCCGAGCGUUAAAGAAAAAAACGGGGAAAAGCACUAUCAAUGGUAUCAGAGGUAUGUUUUUGGACAUGUCUGAAGUAGGCACUGACACAGCAUUAAGCAAAGAGGCUUUUAAUGGGAUGGACAAUCUUCGAUAUCUCAAAAUCUAUGACUCUCAGUUUCCUCAAGAAAAUGAAGCUGGCUACAAACUACACUUCUCCAAUGGAGUUAAGUUACCGUUACAAAAGAUCAGGUAUCUCCACUGGCUGAGAUUCCCAGGGGAAGAACUUCCUCAAGACUUCAACCCUAAAAAUCUUAUUGACCUCAAGCUGCCUUAUAGCAAGAUUAAACGGCUUUGGGAUGGUGUUAAGGAUACAUCAAAAUUAACAUGGGUCGAUCUCAGCCACUCAGUCAACCUUAGCGAGUUGUCGGGGUUAUUGGGAUCCCAAAAUCUUCGAAGAUUGAACCUGGAAGGCUGCAAAGAGUUGAAAACAUUAGACGCGAGGAUGGAGAACUUGACAAGCCUUGUUUUCCUGAAUCUGAGGGGCUGCUCAAGUCUUGUAUCACUCACAGAGAUGAAUAUGGAGUCUCUUACAACACUCAUCCUCAGUGACUGCUCGAAUCUCGAGGAGUUUCAGAUAAUAUCAGAACAACUAGAGGCAUUAUACUUAGAUGGAACAUCCAUAAAGACACUUCCUCCAUCUAUGAUCAAGCUCCAGAAACUAGUCUUGUUGAACCUCAAGGACUGCACAAAUCUAGCGACCGUGCCCGGCUGUCUUGGAAAUAUGAAAGCUCUUCAAGAAGUAAUACUCUCAGGUUGUAAAAAGAUGGAGACCUUUCCUGAUCUGCAAGAGAACAUGAGACGGCUGCGGAUAUUUCUGCUUGAUGGAACAUCGAUAAAAGAGGUGCCAAAGCUAUUGCAAAACCCUGGCCUCUCAAGAUGGCCACACCAUGGUGGUGUCAAAGGCUUCCCCUUGUUGAGACACAUCAGCUUAAGAGGAAACGAUAAGAUCCAAAGCCUGCAACCUGACAUUGGUGACCUGUACCAUCUAAAAUAUAUAGACUUGAAGUUCUGCAAGAACCUUGCAUCUGUUCCGACGCUCCCACCAAACCUUCAAUGCUUAAAUGCACAUGGCUGUGAGUCACUGACAACAUUGGGAAACCCACUUGCCCAUCUUGUUCUGACAGAUCAAAUCCAUGCCACACUCAUUUUCUCAAACUGCAACAAACUUGAUGAAGAUGCAAAAACUGGUAUCAUUUCAUACAUUCAGAAGAAGAGUCAGUUGAUGUCAGAUGCACUUGAUCGCUACAAUUUGGGCUCUGUUGUGGAAUCUUUUGUUGGAGCUUGCUUUCCUGGAUGUGAAGUACAUGCAUCGUUAAGUCACCAAGCCUACGGAUCAGUGAUAGUACUACCAGAACUGUCGCGACACUGGAGUAACAAUGGGACCACUGGUGUAGUUCUAUGUGCAGUUGUCUGCUCUACAGAUUACCAAGACCAAAACAAUCAUGUCCUAGUGAAAUGCACCUGUGAGUUCAAGACUUCAGAUGGGUCUUUGAGGCAGUUUAGUUGCAUGGUAGGAGGAAAUCGGCCGCGGACGAUCAACUCAGACCACGUAUUUGUUGGAUACACGAGCUGGUUGCAGAUCAAGAAACAAAAGGAAGCAGAUGAUGAUGAUGAUAAGAAGGAUUAUAGUUGUAGUGAUGAUGAUCAGGCUUCUCUUAGAUUUGAAGUGAUAGAUAGUACAAGAGAGCUGGUGAAGAAUUGUCAGGUGAUAAAGUGUGGUUUCAGUUUGGUCAAUGAAUCUGAUGAAGCUGAAAGUUUUUCUUGGGAGGUCAACAGGAUCCAUGGUGAAGCUUCAGAGAUGGAAGUGAUCAAUCAACAAGGAGAAACAAGCACAGUGAGUAAUAACAGCACCCAGGGUGUAUUAGCAAGCAGAAUAAUUGAUAAUGAAGAAGCUUUGAGGAGCCAACAAAGAGAAACAAGAUCCAUAGGUAAUAACAAUAACGAUACCAAUGGUGUGUUGAUGUUGUUACAAGCUUAUUCAGACGAUAGCGAAUUAACUGAUGGUGAUGAAUCUCAAAGGAUGGAAGAGAUCAACCAACAAGGACACAAAAUCUCAAUAGGUGAUGUAUCAAUGGUGUCUCAGGAUUCAGAAGAAAGUGACGAAUCAGAGAUUAAUGAACAAGAUGAGACAAACUCUUGCGUAUCUUCAGAGGAUCAAGGGAAUAGCUAUGUGCAGGAAUGUGGUAGAGUAACAGAAAACACAAGUGGGCAGAUGAUAAAACCUGUUGGGCUUCUUUGUCUUAUGAUCUCCAUUUCUGCUGGAGCUGCUUUCAUCCUUGGAAAGAGAAAGAGAUGAAGACUCUCCAUCAUAGACAUGAAUCCAUAUGGAUCCCUUCAUUAUCUAGCCAUUACGUUCUCUGUAAUAAUCUUUUGUCAUAUUGUACAAGAUCUUUAGACCUACAACUAGACGACUACAUUUCAUAGUAGUAAAAUAGAAAGUUAAAUUUUUAUGGUUUGUGUUGGAGAUGGGUUUGUCAACGGUAACAAAUGAAAGUUGGGUAAGAAACGGAAAUCGGUAAGGAAAAAGAAGUAGGAAAGCUUAGAGAAAAGGAAAAGAUGCCGACUUCAAAUUUAUAUAUAAAUACUCUUGCACCAUGUGUAGUAAUAAAAUUUUUAAAUUUAAAUUUAAAAAUUUUAUUACUAUUUUAGAUUUUAUAAUUUUUACCUAUAUUUUAAUCUAAUUUUUAUUUAAAUUAUAUUUAAGAAUAUAUAUAUGUAUAUAUUUAAAUUUAUAAUCUUAGAAGGAUUUUUAUUUAUUUAUUUUGAAUAAAAUGUAUUAAAAAUACAUGUAUAAAUUAAUAAAAGGUGAUAUAAAAUUUAUAUAAUUAUCAAAAGUAAAACUAAAUAAUAUUUUUAAUGAAAUUGAUUGUAUAAGAAAAUGCGUCAAAUUCACUUUGUAAAUAAUGUCUAGAGAAUUUUUUCCUCUAAUUUUUAGAACAUAUUUGAUUCUUUAGUAAAGAACUACGAACAGAUUAAUCCCUUUUUGAGAGAUAUGUAUGCAAAGGUUCAUCUAUGAUCAAUAAAACACAUUCUCUACAAAUUCGUCGAGUUUCGGUUUCAAUAUAUAUGAGGCUAUCUUAAACCUGCCAUCAAAUGAGUUAUAUGUAAUUUCACUGAAUUCAUAUUUAACAAAUGACCUGCAGACGUGGUGAUAGGAGGUGGAGAUUUUCGCGUAGCGGUCUAUGGACAACAGUGAGAAUUCCCGAUCAUUAGAUACUAUUUGGGUUUAAAUUUGCUAAAUUAACUUGUUUAGUAGAUUAGUUUUAAGUCAUGAUUGUUAUUUUGUUGCCGUAAGUUGCCUCGGAGUGGGUUCUAGCUGUCACCUUCUUGUGGGCUCUUCUGUCUGUGUUACAGCUAAAUGAGAGUGUAUAGAUGGCAGCAUAAGAUUGGAGAAUGAUAGCACAUUGAAGGAAAUAAUUGCAGGCUUGCAGAGAAAUCCUAAGUUCAAGAAACAUUAUUCUUGGUUUCAGGAUAUAUAUUCUAAGAAGGAAAAGCAAGAUUGUAGUUCCUCAGAAUGUAGCAUUGUGGAAUGAUAUAUUGGAGUGGUUGCACGGUUCAGGUCAAGGAGGUCACUAUGAUCGUGAUGUUACAGUAAAAAUGGUGAAGAGUUUAUUUUACUGGACGGGGUUGGCCAAAGAUCAAAGCUAUCUACGGAGAUGCAAGGUAUGUCAGAGCUGCAAGUAUGAUACAGCUGCAAGUCCAUGGUUACUGCAACCACUGCCUAUACCUGAAGAAGUAUGGAUUGACAUAUCAAUGGAUUUUAUAGAUAGGUUACCAAUCUCUUUUUGGAAAUCUCUGAUCUUGGUGGUAGUUGACAGGCUGAGUAAAACUGCACAUUUUAUGGCUUUUACUCAUCCCUACCCUGCAGCUUCAGUAGCUCAAACGUUUCUGGAUAAUAUCUUCAAGUUACAUCGGUUUCCACGCUCAAUAGUGAGUGAAUGAGAUUUUGUGUUUCUCAGUGACUUCUAGCAAGAGUUGUUUAAGCUUCAGGGGUGUUCUUUGAAUAUGUCUACAUCUUAUCAUCCUCAGAGUGAGUGAUGGCCAGAAAAAAGGGGUUAAUCACUUUUGGAAACAUAGCUCAGAUGCAUGACCAGUAACAAGACUUAUCUGUGGAGAAAAUGUUACCAUUGGCUGAAUAUUAGUACAACAAAAAUUACCACACUUCGACAAACACAACACAACACCAUAUGAGGUAGUUUUUAGUCAACCUCCACCGAUCCAUUUACCACACCUUGCUGGUGAGUCGAAAGUGCAGAUAGUCGUGAAGAGUUUGGAGGAACGAGAGAAGACGUUGUUUAUACUCAUGUUCCAUCUCUUACGCGCUCAACAUCGAAUGAAUCAGUUAGCAGAUAAGCAUAGGAGUGAGAGAAGCUUUGAGAUUGGGGAUUGGGUGUUCUUGAAGCUCCAACCAUAUAGACAGCAGUCAGUGGUCAACAGAACUUCAUAGAAAUUGUCACCUAAAUACUAUGGACCUUACAAGAUCUUGGACAAGUUUGGUCUAGUGACUUACAAGUUUCAGCUACCUGCAACUUCUGAAAUACACAUGUUUUCAUGUGUCUCAGUUAAAGAAAUUGGUGGGUGAUGUAUCUACUACAACGGCUUUGCCUUAAGUGGUUUAUGAAACAUUGACCAAGAUGCCUAAGUACAUAAUGGAAAGGAAAAUAGUGCAGAGACGUGGUCAAGCUGCUACACUGGUUUUAGUGAAAUGGGCAAACCAGUUGGAAGAAGAAGCAAUGUGGGAAUGCUUAUUUCAUUUGAAGAAGUACCCACAGUUUUCAUACUAACCUUGUGGACAAGGUUCUUUGGGGAGAGGGUUGUGUUACAGCUAAAUGGGAGAGUACAGAUGGCAUCAGAAGUUUGGAGAGUGGAGCUGCCGAGAGUCGUUGACUAGUUAGUUACAGAAGUAACAGCUGGCAACGGUUGAUUGGACGAUCAAAAUAAGACGCUAGAGUCAUUGUUGGAUGUACAAAGUAAAAGACAGAGUGUUGUUCGUACUGAUCAUUUAUUCAGAAUCAUUGUAAUACUUUCUAUUACAAUUCUUGUUGUUCUUGAGUUUGCUGAGUCUGAAGAUUGUUUUUAUUUCGAAAUCUUCUACAGGUAGACUUUGAUUCCUCGUUUUAUGAACGUCGGAUUGAUCAUAUAGUGAAACAUCGGUUUAACUCUAUCAGUCAGGGGAUUGCUUUUUCAUCCACCAAUUUAUGUAUUAAAAUGAGUAUUUUCUUUGAAAUAAAAUGGUAAUUUUCUUGGGAAAAAAAAACAAAUGACCCACAGGGAAUAGAGAAUUAUCUUCAAAAGAUCAUUCUCGGUGACAAUAGAUACAAAACGUCUAAAAAACAGAUAAUCAGUAACCUAUCUGGAGCAGUUACUAGAGGAGUUAUUACAGCAGUUAUCUGGAUCGGUUACCAAGUCAAGUAACUGAUGGAUUAACAGUUUCUGGAUCAGGUAACUAACAUGGACAGUUAUUGAACGAAGUUGACUGAGAAAGGAUCAAAUAAAUGACGGGAUUGGUUAUCUCUUUGAGUGAAAAUAAGAAAUAGUGUCGGGAGGGGUUAUGGGCAGUUUGGCUGAGAGAAAAUCGCCAAACUCUUUUUAGUGAAGAUUCUCGUGGACAAAAGGGAACACGACAAGAAAAAAAGAAUAAUGAGAGAGAAAAUGGGAAUUAGUCUGAGUCUUUGCGGAUAUACCACGAGCUAAUAGAUGGUCGAUCCAGUAGUGAGCAAGCGGUUGUGAUUAAUGUAUGUGGAGAUAAUGAUGGAACGCGAUGAAGAACUGAGGAACCGGUAGUUGGGCCGAUGAUGAUUGAGUGAGAUCAAAUUAAGGAAAUGGUGUUUCGGCGUGGUCUGUGGGAAACUGGAACCAUGUACUGAUGAGAAGCGACCUAAUCGCGAUAUCCGAAAUAGGGUGUUAUUUGUACUCUUCCGAAGAGACAAUCACAAUACAGAACUACAGUCUAUGAGUUAAUCUUAGAUAAGAAAAAUACAUAUAUGCAAAGAAAUUUGGUUUAGGGAUGUUGUGAGCUUAUCAAACAUGUGUUUAAUGCUUGUCUUAAACGGUUGAAUUUGCAAAGAAAUUUAGAAUUCUAGAAUCUUGACAUAGAUAAUAUCUGCAACGAAAGUUAAUUAAUUUGAAUAUUGGCUCCGAUUGGUGACAUGUUGAUUUAAAGUUGAUUUACAAUAAAAAUUAUAACUUGAUGUAACUCGAAGUAGAAACUAUGUGGUAGAAACUGUAGAUUUAUGUUGUGAAUUCGCAGAAAAAAUAUGAGUUACAAUUUUUUUUACUUAUUGACUGGUAACGUUUUUGAUGUAUAAAUUGCAGUAUAUAUAUAUAUAUAUAUAAAAUAUAAAUAUCAGUAAUAAUAACUUAACAUGUUAACAAAAAAAUUAUAAAUAAUAAUUAAAUUUAUUAUAAAAUUGAUUAAAUUUAAAAUAUAUUAAACUAAGUAAAUUAAAUUAAACUAAAAUUAAGGAAAUAAAGUAAUAUAAUUAUGUAAAUCUUCUACCAAAAUGUACAUAUAUAUUUACAUAUACAUUUUUUUUGACAACUUUUUUCUUGGGACAACAUUUACAUAUAAUUUAAUGUAUGUAAAAACCUUUAGUUACCAAAUAGAUUUAGCAAUUAAAUUAUAGAAAUAAUCUUAGAUAGUUUAAAUAGAACUAAUAGUUUAUAAAUGGACUAACUAGUAAACAUCUAUAUAAAAUAAAUGUUUCACGUGAGACAACUAUGAAUGCAUUUUUUUUAAAUGUUAAAGUUCAAAAAGUAACCGUAUGAUAACUGACUUAAAACCAAAAAAAAAAAACUAAUUCAACUUCUAAUACAUGGCAUUUUGUUUGAUGUUGAGUUAAGACUUGAGUUAUCAAUUUUUUCAAAGGAUUAACUCAAAAUUGUAACUCAUAUAUAAUACAUUGUAACUCGAACACUAACUCAAAAAAAUAAAAGUAACUCAUGAAUGGUAACAUUUUUGAAUUACACCCUUAACUCAAACUUAAUCAAUGGUAACUCAUGUCAC